CUGCUUCCAGUCGGAACUAUUUUGGUGGCGACCCAGUUCGGUGCCGGCGGCGCGGCACAGCUGCAUCCGGUCGCGCGCCUCUGCAGAAGUUUGCUAACAUGUUAAACCCGCAAACGGGUUCAGAGAGACGCGGCUGCCGCGCGGGAAACCAGGAGUUUGUAGUUUAUGUAUGAGUGUUUAAAAAACCAACUUUAUUUAAACCGAACUUCAGUGUUAGUCUGCGAUGGUUCCGUUAAAGCGGAGGAAGCUCUCCGACACCGGGAUGUGUGGGUCGAACAGCAGCGCAGGAACCGAACCGACCAGGUUCCCGCAGGUGGUUCUGUUCCUGCUGGAGAGGAAGAUGGGAGCCAGCCGGAGAGCCUUCCUGUCGCAGCUCGCGCGCAGGAAGGGAUUCCAGGUGGAGCAGAUGUUCAGUGGAAACGUCACUCAUGUGGUUUGUGAGAACGUCUCCGGGGACGACGGCCGGCUGUGGCUGGGCUCGCAGGGCGGCGGCCGACCGUCGCCUCACCUGCUGGACGUCAGCUGGUUCACGGAGAGCAUGCGGGCGGGCCGGCCGGUGGAGGUUCUGGACCGGCACCAGCUGCAGGAGCGUCCGUCCGGAGAACCGGAGCUGGAGGAGUUCUCUGUGGCGAGUUACGCCUGUCAGAGGAGAACGUCGCUGGAGAAUCACAACUCCUCCCUCACGGACGCCUUGUCGCUGCUGGCUGAGAACGCGGAGCUCAAUGACGAGGAGGGGCGGGGCGUGGCGUUCCGCCGGGCCGCCGCCUUACUGAAGGCCCUCCCCUCGGCGGUGCUGGGCGUGUCGCAGCUCCGCGGGCUGCCCUGCCUGGGGGAGCACUCCCUCAGGGUCAUCAAGGAGAUCCUGGAGACGGGAACGUCCAGCGAGGUGGAGUCCACCAGAGCGUCCGAGCGCUUCAAAGCCCUGAAGGCGCUGACGGGGAUCUUUGGAGUUGGAGCCAAAACGGCCGAUCGGUGGAUCAGGGAGGGAAUCCACGACCUGCAGCAGCUACGAGCGUCCGGACAAGUCCUGAACCGGGCCCAGAGAGCGGGGCUGCAGCACUACGCCGACAUCAACCAGCCGGUCACGCGGGCCGAGGCGGACGCCAUCCAGGCGGUCGUGGAGAAGGCCGUCUCCUCCGUGUUACGAGGAGCUCAGAUCGUCCUGGCCGGAGGAUUCCGGAGGGGGAAGCUGAGCGGCCACGACGUGGACUUCCUGAUAACUCACCCGGAGGAGGGCAGGGAGGUGGGACUGAUGCCUAAAGUGGUCUCCUGGUUGGAAGCACAGGGCUUCCUCUUGUACCAGAAAACUACCAGAAACUCCUACCUGGAGUCCAUCGACGGUCCUGGUCGCCCCCCCUCCAACAUGGACCGCUUUGAGAGAUGCUUCUCCAUUUUCAAGCUGCCUGUGGCGGCGGAGAGCAGCCAGAGAGCGUGGAGAGCCGUGAGGUUGGACCUGGUGGUUUCCCCCAUCAGCCAGUUCGCCUUCGCUCUGCUGGGCUGGACCGGAUCCAAGUUGUUUGAGAGGGAACUCCGGCGGUGGGCGGGGCAUGAGAGAGGCAUGUCCCUGAGCAGCCACGCCCUCUAUGACAACAAGCAGACGGAGUUCCUCCGUCGCUGAAGAGCUCCGCCUCCUGUUAGGAAGAGCUCCGCCUCCUGUUAGGAAGAGCCGAUCUUUGCUCCGUAGCAGCUGCGCUCCUCUUGCAGGGCGUGUACCUGAGAGCGGCGUCCGAGGAGGAGAUCUUCACCCACCUGGGGCUGGAGUUCAUCCCGCCCUCAGAGAGGAACGCCUGAAGACCCCCCGCCGGAACCACGGAUCCUCCCAGGACUGUAAUCUGCCCCUGUCAGGUACCGAUCUGAUCCAGGAAAGGAAGUGCGGAUGUGCGACCUUCAGGAUGGUCGGCCUUCGGGACUGUCGGCCGCUCCUUUUGCAGGAGAAUGAAGCUGCAUUUUUAUCGGGUUUGAGGUGCAGCUGAAGCUCCGCCCACGUCUGAUUGAAGCCUAAAACGUUGUCAGUCUGCAGCGGCGGUGACAAAAAACGUUUGCUCUUUUACGGUUUCUUUUUUUUAAUUUUUUUUAUUUAGUUUAUUCAGACACUUUCAUUUAUACAUAUACAUUUGCAAUAUGUUAUCUGUAUUUGCACAAUUUUCAUGGGUAUUUAUGUCUUCUAUCCGUGUUUGAAAGGUGGCAGGCAGAAUCAUGGCUUAUUGAAGCCCCGCCCCUUAAUUCAUUAUAAUAGACGUUUACAUUGCUGACAACUUUUAACAAUAAUCAUAAGUUAAGCUUUAUCACAAUUUUCUUAAUAAACAACAGUUACAAUAUACAUAGUAAAUAAACAUAAUAUCUAUACAACACAUUUAGAUAUAUUUUUUCUUUCAUUUAACACAGUAUUUUAAGUAUUUUAUCUACUUUUGGAUACAUUCAAUAAAUGUUAUUAUAGAUAAACCAGGAUUUUUUUUAAUUUGUCCAUGUGAUACAUUUAUAACUUUUUUUAAACAAGUAUAUAUUACUGCAUUGUUUUUGUUCCACAGUUUGACUCCACAUACUGACACACAGAAUGAUCCCCUUUUUGUGCGUUUUAAAGGUUGUUUAAAUGUUCCUGUCCCACGUAAAUUAUGGGAAUCGUCUCUCAAUAUAAAUAGUUUUUGAAUG